UCUGUCUAUAUAUAUAAAGCUCGAUCAGCAGCUAGCACCACUGCCUUCUGGUCAUACGUUAUAUGAAUGUAGCCAGAAUUCCACAAAAUUAUUAGCAGUUACUUUACCUAGACACACAUACACAGACAUAAAUAUGGAAGAAUUACGUGAAGUAGCUUUAGCAUACUAUGACAAUUGCACGCCAGAACUUCGGGGAAAGACAUGGCAGUUCUUUCAAUCCAUGGAUACGAACAAUGAUGGCCGUAUCAGUCGAGGGGAGUUCAAUGAAUUCCUCCGUCAGACAGGCUACAACAGCAUCAUUGCUGACCCAGAACUCUUUGAAAAGCUCGACCGCAACGGUGACCGAGGGCUGGAUUUCGAAGAAGCACUCACUUUCUACUAUAUUAUCAAAACUGGGUACAACUGGUGUCGAGGUCGAGGCUGCAACAUGUACCUCUCCGGGCUCUAUUUUUCGUGUAUCCAGUGCUUUGAAGCAGCCAAUUCCUCUACUUUUGAUUUAUGUUCUGCUUGCCAUGGCAGUCGGAACUUUACGCACCACCACCCACUUUUCCUGCAGAAUCACAUAUUGCUAUAUUACAAAAGAGGACCAGAAAGCAACUUGGCAGUGGAAGGUCUAUAUGGAGCAGCUAUAGCAUCUUACAACGCCAGUCAAGAGCUUCAGAGUUCAGCCCGGUCUUUCAUUCAAUCCAUGGCUAUACACGGUGCAGGCCAAAGCUCGUUCAACCGUUUCCUCAACCAAAAAGGCUACAACUGGUUCAUUACUGAUUCACACUUGUUCCAGAAACUCGACUGCAACCGUGAUGGCUGGCUUGAUUUCUGGGAAAUGCUUACCUUCUACUACAUCAUCAGGACAAGGUACUUCCAGUGUCGAGAAUGCUCGAAGUACCUUAGCGGCCUCUAUUUUACCUGCGUAGUUUGCUUUGAGGGAGGAGCUCAAUCAGCUCAUUAUAAUCGCUACUGUCACCAUCCUCAUCUUUAUGAUCAUAGCACCUAUAAUCUAUGUGUUGCCUGCUAUCGCAGUAGGAAUUUCGUCGAUCACGACCCGCACAACACAUACUUCUUGGAUAACCACAUGUUGCUACAAUCCAAAAAAGGUCCUCCUCCUUAUGCUGCACCACAAUUGGUAAGCGCUCCAAGGCCGCUAGUGGUUUAUAACAACAAUUAUAUCAAUUAUAAUAAUUACAUCCUUCCAGCUCCGCAGCCUGUAGCUCCAAAGCAAAAUUGGCUCUCGAAACUUCAAAUCUUGGAGUUGGCUCUAGUUGGUACAAAUUUGGCUGUUAAUUGUUCGAUUAUGUGACGAUAUAUAUUACCAAUAUAUCGGAGUUUGAUCGAAGUUUACGGGCAACAAAUCUCUACGAAGUGAAACGACCAGCUGAUUGAAGUUUAAUACGUACUCAAUUAUAUAUAUAUAACAGAAUAAGGGGAGAUGUGUCGCAGUCUCGCAGCAAGUGUUCCUAUGUUUUUCAAGUUUGGAAAAAGAGAUGUAUAUCCGGUUGUUUCUUUUCAUUGUCGCAAUGUUUAGGUAAAAUACAAGAUAUAACAAUAAUGAGUAAUCACAUCGGAAUAUGUAGAAAAGUAUUAUUUUUUAUUAAAUAAAUAAUAUUAUAAUGA